AUGAUAUUUGCAGUGAUCGUGUACGUCUACGUUCUGGCUCUCACAACAAGCACAUCAUCGGCUACUUCGACGACAGCCCAAUCCACUGCGUCUUCAACAUCAACGCCAUCGACACCACAAACGCAGACCAGCACAACUGAACAAGCAACAUCAGGCACCACAAUAUCAACUUCCACUGAAUGGCACACGUCCUCCACUCAUCCACCUUCCAUGAGCACGACCAAGGUGGCAUCAACGUCAACUACUGUCAAGGAAGGAACGACAUCCACUCAGACUCCUACCACUAGCACGACCACGGUGCCAUCAUCGUCAACUACUAUCAAGGAAGGAAGCGACAACCACUCAGCCUCCUUCCAUGAGCACGACCGAGGUGGCAUCAUCGUCAACUACUGGUCAAGGAAGAAGCACUUCCACUCAGCCUCCAGCCACAAGCACGACCAAGGUGGCGUACCAUCAUCGUCAACUACUGUCAAGGAAGGAACGACAUCCACUCAGCCUCCUUCCAUGAGCACGACCGAGGUGGCAUCAACCUCAACUACUGUCAAGGAAGGAACGACAUCCACUCAGCCUCCUACCACUAGCACAACCAUGGUGGCGUCAACCUCAACUACUCUCAAGGAAGGAACGACAUCCACUCAGCCUCCUACCAUGAGCACGACCGAGGUGGCAUCAACGUCAACUACUGUCAAGGAAGGAAGCACUUCCACUCAGCCUCCAGCCACAAGCACGACCAAGGUGGCAUCAUCGUCAACUACUGUCAAGGAAGGAACGACAUCCACUCAGCCUCCUACCACUAGCACGACCAAGGAGGCAUCAACGUCAACUACUGUCAAGGAAGGAAGCACUUCCACUCAGCCUCCUACCAUGAGCACGACCGAGGUGGCGUCAACCUCAACUACUGUCAAGGAAGGAACGACAUCCACUCAGCCUGCCUGGCCAUGA